GAUUACUUUGCAUUUGAAAAUUAAUAAUAAUGCAUGGUUUUUUAAAAAUGCUAGUGCCUUCUAGUAUUUUCCUGUCAUUUUCUUUUUAUUGUUUGAUGGCAGUGGGUGCCAUUUCAAUUUAUGAUAUUCAGCCACAACAAAUUCAUCUAUCUUUCUCAGAUAAUGCCAGCGAUCCCAUUGUCACGUGGAGUACAAUGAAUGGUACAAACGAAGCAAGUCUUGUGGAAUAUGGGAUUGUUGAACAUAAUUUAACUCAAACAGCCACUGGAGUUGCUACAGAAUUCAUAGAUGGAGGACUAGCAAAAAGAGUGCAAUUCAUUCACAGAGUGAAGCUUACAGGGUUGUUGCUGAAGCAGAAAUACUUUUAUAGAUGUGGAAGUCGACUUGGUUGGUCUAGCCUGUACAAUUUUCUCACUGUUGACAGCUCGGCAGAUUGGUCUCCAAGACUUGCUGUUUAUGGUGACCUGGGCUCAGAAAAUCCUCAAUCUCUUUCACGACUGCAAAGAGAAGCACAGGAAGGACUGUACGAUGCGGUGUUUCAUGUUGGUGAUUUUGGAUACGAUUUGGAUGAAGAAGACGGUCAGCUUGGUGAUCGUUUCAUGCGCCAAAUUGAACCAGUAGCUGCCUACUUGCCGUACAUGACCUCAGUGGGAAAUCACGAGGAGAAAUACAAUUUCAGCCACUACAAGGCCCGUUUCUCUAUGCCAGGCAGCGAGAAUGGCUUAAUGUACAGUUUUAACCUUGGUCCAGCUCACAUCAUAUCCAUUUCAACAGAAUUUUACUAUUUCAUCAACUACGGUUUCAAGCAGAUUGCUUUACAAUACGACUGGCUUACACGCGACCUUGAAGAAGCCAAUGCUCCUGAGAACCGCACCGUCCGCCCCUGGAUAAUAACCAUGGGUCACCGUCCGAUGUAUUGUUCAAAUACGGACCAAGAUGACUGUACAAAAAAAGAUACGCUUACCCGCGUAGGAAUCUCGUUCUUCCAAUGGUUCGCGUUGGAGCCACUCUUUUACAAACACGGAGUCGACUUGGCCCUGUGGGCUCAUGAACAUUCAUACGAACGACUAUGGCCUAUAUAUAACCGUACGGUAAUGAAUGGAAGCUUGGAACACCCUUACACUAACCCUAAAGCUCCAGUUCACGUCACGACUGGAUCAGCGGGUUGCCGAGAAGAGCGUGACGAGUUUAUUUCCGAAUUACCAUAUUGGUCAGCCUUUCGCAGCAACGAUUAUGGAUAUUCUCGUUUAUUCAUCGCAAACAAGACUCAUCUGCAUUUGGAGCAGGUCUCAGAUGAUCAAAAUGGUCGUGUGAUUGACGAUUUCUGGAUCACGAAAGAUCAUGUUCGAGGUUACUUAGAUCACGAAUCAUAGGACAAUGGUAAACACUUCAUCUUAGCAUUCCGUUAUUAUUUAUCUCACUUUGACAGUGCAAUUAGAAAUGGGUCUAGAUUAACCAAAGCGUGUUGCUUUUUGCAUUCUCUUAUCCAAUCACUUUUGACGAUUUGUAUGUCUUUAUUUUUCGCCAGUACCUUUAAAAAAAUUUGAAAACAAAUAGUAAAAUGAAAUAUUUCUCAAA